AUGGUUCCAGUUAUAUUGUUUAAGGUUCUAAUAGACUUGGUAGCUGAGAUGCAUUUACAGAAUGCUCACUUGGGAAUAGGCAAAAUGACAUCCAUGCUAAGGAGGUUAGUUUGGCAUCACUCCCUGACUAAAGUCAUUAGGGAUUUGCGCCGCACUUAUAAGGAGUGCCAGAUGUGUAAGGUGUCAAGGGAAGUAGUCAUUCCUCCAACCCUUUGCAUCUCCACCUCAACUCCAUUCGAGUUGGUUGCUAUGGACCUCAUCAGCCUUCCUACUUCUUCUACUGGUUACGUUGGUUGCCUCAUGAUAGUCGACCAUUACUCCAAGUGGGUUACUGCACCUAAGUGGGAUAAGCACUUGCCAAGAGCCUUCCUCAGUUACAACCACCCUUUGCAUUCUGAGUUAGGUUGUACACCUGCUGAAAAGAUUCUGAAAACAGCCGCCAUGUGCUGA